AUGACCUAUGAGUACGCACAACUGAACUUCGGGAGCACUUGCAGGCAGGAGAGUCGAUUCCGAAGAAUCCCCCUCUCCCAUUUCUGCACUAGAUGUGGCAAAAACCCUUCAACUGCUGAGAUUCUGGCUAUUAGCUCACUUAAUUACUGUAUUGAAGAGGCAUACCCAAACCUGACCCUGCUCUCUUUCAUGAUCUGGAGUGAAGUUGACAGUUUCAGAUAUCAAGUAGAUCCUUCCCAAUGUCUGGAAAUGAAGGAUAAUUCAGGUCUUAUGUUGGUUAAACUGACAUAUCCUGUUGUUCAGUUCUUAGAGCAGAAAUAUGGCUAUUACCACUGCAAGGACUGCAACAUCCGCUGGGAGAGUGCUUAUGUGUGGUGUGUACAGGGAACUAACAAGGUUUACUUCAAACAGUUUUGCAGAACUUGUCAGAAGUCUUAUAACCCUUACCGAGUGGAGGAUAUCACCUGUCAAAGUUGUAAACAAACUAGAUGUUCCUGCCCAGUAAAACUUCGCCACGUGGACCCUAAACGGCCCCACCGUCAAGAUUUGUGUGGUAGAUGCAAAGGCAAACGCCUGUCCUGUGACAGCACUUUCAGCUUCAAAUACAUCAUUUAGGUGAAAGUCAGUGUUGCUGUGCAUGCACUGAUGGAGUAGAUGAGUGAGCUUUUCCGUGCCUCUCCUCUCCACCUCUCCCUUCUCAAAAUACGUCAUGAAAGGCAGUGUAUUCUGAAAAAGCCUUCAAAUAAAGGUAUUGCAACAC